AUGGAUGAUGAUAUGUUUUGGGUAAUGCUAUCAGACUACCCGGAUAGUAACGAUGAUAUCGUCGAACCACCUGGUUGUCAGAUUAAUAAAUUUUCAGAAGCCGAAUUCUACCGAGAACGUGCGAGAAGAACCGAGCAGCUUCAUCGAGAUCAACGAGAAAAACUUUUGAAUAGCUUUGCAGAAGAACGACGAUCACAUCGAUUAGAGUUCUUUCGGAUGAUUGAUCAUGAUUAUUUGGCGGAUGUAAGAGAGGGAAUUAAUCCACUUCGCACGAUGGAUUUAUGUCCAUCAGUAUCAAUGAUCCUUUAUGGUAGCAAUAAAUCAGAUAAUGGAUCAAUGGAAAACGUUCAAGAAGUUGAGGACGGUUUGAAUAAUGCAAUCGCAAGAUUAUUGAUAUCUGGUGAAGAUCGAGCACGUUUAACUAUUCAAGAUAUAUUGGUUCAAUACAGAGCAGAACAGGAAUUCAUCAGAGAGCGACAACUCGCCAAACUAAAAGAUUUGAGAAAAUAUCAAAUUCAAGUCAUGAAUAAUUUGCGUAGUCAUAUUAAAGACGAUAUUACGGUCUCCAAACAAGCACAGCAUUCAACACCUAUUACUGAAUCAGCAAAUAAUACACGAAAUAUGCAAUCAGCGCAAACACCUAGUGUCAACGUGCCUACCACAAAUGUGGUAGGAAAUAAUGAAUAUUCUUCUUCAAGGCAGACAACAUCCGCCGUUCCUCCUAGUGUAAACGUAGGAAACAAUAAUUUCUCACCUACCGUACCGUCUAGUACUGCAACUCCCAAUACAUCUAAUCCACCUAUUGCAUGUCCAAUGAGUCAUCCACCACCUGAAAUUGCUGAAUUUUGGAAUGCGUUUGUGAGUCAUCUUCAACCUGGUACCAGCCAACAACAAGCUGCUGCUUUAUUAAGCAUAAUUGCAACUAUGGCAAAUAAUCAACAACCUUUAAAUGGUUCCAAUAAUCAACCACCUUCUAAGGGUGCCAAUAAUCAGCCACCUUUUAGUAGUGCCAAUAAUCAACAAGCUUUUAGUAGUGCUAAUAAUCAACAGCCUUUUAAUGGUGUCAAUAAUCAACAAGCUUUUAGUGGUGCCAAUAAUCAGCAAGCUUUUAGUGGCACCAGUAAUCUACAGCCUUUCAGUGGUGCCAAUCAUAAAUAA